CAAGAGUGGAAAGAGCCUCGGAGCUGGGGAGGGGAUGCGUCCGCGACUCGGAAGGGGAUGCCUCCGCGACUCUCGGGCGGUCGGGUCACCGUUUUCCGGUUUUGUUUUCCAGCCUGUCGUGCGCUCGUCUGACACAAGUGACGGCAGGAAAACAGGCACUUCGUGUGCUCCGGUCACAGCCAUCGCUGUCCUUCCCUGAAGAACCCCCAAACUCUCAGGAAGAUUUGCUGUCGCUGGGAGAAACUGAGGCAGAGAGGGCGAGGCUGCCUGUGCCUUCCUGAAGUCCGGUUUGCGGACGCCUAGGCUCCCAACCCCCAGCUCUCAGGUGCAGGCCCCCGCCGUGGCUCCCGGCCAGGGGCAACCCACUUUGCACUCCCGGCGUCAGGCUGGGGGUGGGGCUUGGCUGGGCCGGUCCAGGAUGCGAGAUCCUGGAGGGAAGAGGGGCGGCGGUGUUCCCGGCGGCCCGCGGGCUGGGCCGGCUUGGCAGGCCUGUGCUCUUCGGAACGGGCAAGGCGGCGGUGGGCCCGUUCGUCUGAAGCAGAGAUAAGGCCGGAGGCGAGAUUGCCGGGUGGCAGGUGAGGAAGGAGAGUGAUGGGAGACCCUCGGGUGGCAGGUGAGGAAGGGGGAACCCAGCAGCUGUGUGGGGAGGGUGCUCUCACCCUCCCCCAACUCUUCCCGCAGAAUGGACUUCCGAACCCCCGACCUGCUGGAUGUGUGGCUGGAGCCCCCAGAAGAGGUCUCCACAGGAGCCUUCCUGGAGCUGGGACUGCACUGCCCCCCUCCAGAGGUCCCAGGGACUAAGCUCCAAGAACAGGGGCUUCGAGGCUGGGGGCCCAGCGGGAGCCGUGGCUGUGGCCUUCGAGAGAGUGAGCCUGAAGAUUUCCUGAAGCUUCUCAUUGAUCCCAAUGAGGUGUACUGCUCCGAAGCAUCUCCUGGCAGUGACAGCGGGAUCUCCGAGGACCCUGGCCAUCCAGACAGUCCUUCUGCCCCCAAAGCACCCAGUUCCCCUGCUCUCUAUGAGGUUGUCUAUGAGGCAGGGGGCCUGGAGAGGGUGCAAGGGGAAGCUGGGCCAGCCGUAGGGCUCGUCUCUCUCCAGCUAGAUCAGCGGAGCCCACGACUUAUGGUGCCUGAUGCCUGCACGGUCCACGAGCUGCCCCUUGCUCACGCUCACACCCUGCCCAGAGAGGGCACUGUAAACCCAGUGCCUCCUGCAACCCUACUGCCCUGUCAAACCUUGUUCCUGACAGAGGAAGAGAAGCGUCUGCUGGGACAGGAAGGGGUUUCUCUGCCCACUCAUCUGCCGCUCACCAAGGCAGAAGAGAGGGCCCUCAAGAAGGUCAGGAGGAAGAUCCGUAACAAGCAGUCAGCUCAGGACAGUCGGCGACGGAAGAAAGAGUACAUCGACGGGCUAGAGACUAGGGCGGCUGCCUGUUCUGCAGAGAACCAGGAACUACAGAAAAAAGUCCAGGAGCUGGAGAAACACAAUAUCUCCCUGGUAACUCAGCUCCGCCAGCUGCAGAGGCUCAUUGCCCAAACCUCCAACAAAGCUGCCCAGACCAGCACUUGUGUUCUGAUCCUUCUUUUUUCUCUGGCUCUCAUCAUCCUGCCCAGUGUCAGCCCCUUGCAGGGUCUCCGGGAAGCUGGGACUGAGGAUCACCAGCCUCAUGGAGUGAUUUCCAGAAAUAUCCUGACUCACAAGGACAUGACAGAAAAUUUGGAGACCACAGUGGUAGAGUCCAGAUUAGAGGGGCCACUUAGGGCCAAGGAUGUAAAUGGUUCAACAAGGACCCUGCUUGAGAAGAUGGGAGGCAAGACAGGUUCCAGUGGGCAUAUCAGAACGGUCCUGCAUGCAGAUGAGAUGUGAGCUGGAACAUUUUGCAGCCCACUUCCCAACUGCA